AUGUCGGAGGAGCGCCCUGCCAUCGCUGCGUCGCCUGCCCCUCCGCAUCAUGCGCCCAUGUUGCAGUGCAUCGGUGGUGGAGGUACCGAGACGGACGACGACCACAGGGAGACGCUGGUAACGGCUGCAGCAGCUGCCACUGCGGCUGCCGUUGCGGCCGCCUCAUCCACCGUACCGGCCGCCGCUUCCGCCAUCGCUGGCGCAUCCAUCGCCCUGACAGAGCCUGCGUCAGAUCCGACCAUUACACCGCUCGGUCCAUCGCCUCCGGGCUCGAUUGUGAACGGCAUUGCUGGUCCCGAUCCGGCCGGAUUGCCCGAAUUUCUACCGUUAGAUGAUAACGAAGACGAUGGGGACGAAUCGAUUAGCAUCGAACGGAUACGCCAGUAUCUGUCCGACAAGCUUGGCUUCUACACGGCCGAUCGGUUCGACAACAAGGACGGAUCCGGUGGCGCCGCAAGUCGGAGAGUGCUAGAAACAGUCGACAUCGACGGUGUGCUGAAACAAUGGAAAAAUGGAGGCUUCAAAAAGAUCGUCACCAUGGUCGGGGCCGGAAUAUCAACCUCCGCCGGUAUACCAGACUUUCGCUCUCCGGAUACGGGACUGUACAACAACUUGAUGAAGUACAAUCUGCCGUACCCGCAGGCCAUUUUUGAGCUGGAAUAUCUUUACCAAAAUCCGAAACCAUUCUUUACACUGGCCAAGGAACUGUAUCCCGGCACAUUCAAACCAACACCGUCACACUAUUUCGUCCGGCUGCUUGAACAGAAAGGUUUGCUGGUGCGCCACUACACGCAAAACAUCGAUACGUUGGAACGCAUCGCCGGCAUUAGCGAGGAAAAGAUCGUCGAAGCACACGGAACGUUCUACACCAACCACUGUCUGCAGUGCAAGACGGCCUACAGUUUGGAGUUUGUGAAGGAGAUAAUAUUCACCGACGAAGUACCAACCUGCCCGUGCGGUGGUGUGAUCAAACCGGACAUAGUCUUUUUCGGCGAAGGUUUACCGGAGCGGUUUCACAUGUUGCCCCACCAGGACUUUGCCGAUUGUGAUCUGCUUAUUAUUAUGGGAACGUCCCUUACCGUGCAACCGUUUGCUUCCCUGGUGGAGUACGCCAACGAUGAUUGUGUCCGGUUGUUAAUUAACCGGGACAAAGUUGGGUGCAGUAAUUUCGGUUUCCUGCGUUCAAUGAUGUUCGGCGAAGGGUUGUGCUUCGAUCUGCCCGGCAAUCGGCGUGACGUUGCCUGGACGGGCAACUGCGAUGACGGGUGCUUCUUUUUAGCCGACCAACUUGGCUGGGGAGAUGAAUUGCGAAAGUUGAUCGAAACGGAACACGCAAAGAUUAAACCGAUUCGACCGCUGCCAACGAACCCGGUGGUUCCAGUCGUUGACGGAACGGAUGCAGUCGUUGAUAUGGAACCAACACCGAUCGUAGACGUCCACCAUCAGCAGUCCCAUACGAUCCUUAGCGAUGAUCAUUGUCUGGUGGAUGAUAGCGAAUGUCUGCUGCCAGAGGAUGAACACUUUAACGAUGUUGCCGAUGGUCUUGCAGCACAAGGCGGCGGUGCGGUGUGUGCUGGUGGCGGCGGUGAGGAAAGUGUCCAGGCAAUGGCUACCGAUCCGCAUCACGACACACACGAUGAACCGUCUGUUCAUGAGCACCUGCAGCAUAAUCAUCAUCAUCACCACCAUCAUCACCAUCUUUCUAAUGAACCGCAGCACGAGAAGAUGGACGAGCAUCAUGACGACGAGGAGGUAGUGGUAGAGCAGCAUCCGAAGACGACGUUGUCGUUGGAAGACAAAACUUAA